AUGGUUGUUGCCCCCGGGGGCGGCGGUAAUCGCAAUGCGAAAAACAUCCCCGUCGCUGCUGAUGGCAGAGAGUGGAGCCAUGGCCUCUGUGAUUGUUUCGGCGACUGUGGAACUUGUGUCAUCGCUUGGUGCUUCCCCUGCAUUACCUACGCCAACAUUAAGCACCGCUAUGAGCAUUUGAACACCAAGGGAUUCCCUGACCCCCAGCAUGGCGGUUCUUUCUGCAACAGUGACUGCAUGCUUCAUGGCUGCAUCACCGCUUUCUGUGGCAUGGGCUGGAUCUUCCAGAUGGGCCAGCGUGGCAGCAUCCGCCAACGGUACAACAUCAAGGGUGGAUCAUGCGGUGACUGCUGCACCGCACUCUGUUGCACACCCUGUGAGCUCACCCAAGAAGCUCGCGAAUUGGAGCUCGAGGAGCAGAGCUUCGGUGGACACCACGGCAAACACUGA